GAGCCUUCCACAAACUUGAUGAUGGAGGUCUGGAUCCGAUAUCACCACGUGGCCUUGCUUUUUAGCCUUCAUUUUAGGACAUUAAUAAAUAUCGGAACGUUGUAAGCAUUCCUGGUAUGAACUUGUUUGUAUCAAGCAAACAACAAAAAGCGAAACAACACAACCACCCGGAUCUCACCCUCGAAAGGCGUCUAUAUCAGUGUUAUUGUUUCCUAAUUGUUUAGCCUGGUUGUCUUUGCUUAACCCCUCAGUAUGUAAAUAAAGUCGAUUUCAAUGUACCUGUAUUUCAUUCUCAUUCGAUUUGAAAUGAUUUUCCGCGGUUUCCGGUCGUCCGCCGACGUCAUCUCCGCGUUCUCCGUGACUGUCGAAGAGCAAUGGCGGCGAGCCGGGGAUCUUCUUCGAGAUGGGUUUUCAGCCGGGAGCAGCUCGAAAGCACGCCGUCUCGCCGAUGCGGAGUAGAACCGGACCGAGAGCUGUCUUACCGGCAACAAGCGGCGAAUCUGAUCCAAGACAUGGGACAGAGACUCAAUGUCUCUCAACUAACUAUAAAUACAGCAAUUGUUUACAUGCAUAGAUUUUACAUGCACCACUCGUUCACCAAAUUUCACAGGAAUACAAUAUCUCCUACGACGCUAUUUUUGGCUGCCAAAGUGGAAGAGCAGCCACGGAAACUGGAAUAUGUGAUUAAAGUUGCGCACGCCUGCUUAAACCCGCAAGAAUCGCCUCUUGACACUAAGAGUAAUGCCUACCUCCAGCAAGCUCAAGAGCUGGUGAUACUUGAAUCCAUAGUGCUGCAGACGCUUGGCUUUGAAAUUACUAUUGAUCACCCACACACUGAUGUGGUGAAAUGUUCCCAGCUAGUGCGAGCGAGCAAGGAUCUGGCACAGACUUCUUAUUUCAUGGCUACCAACAGUCUACACCUCACUACAUUCUGCCUCCAGUACAAGCCCACAGUGAUUGCCUGUGUGUGUAUUCACCUGGCGUGCAAGUGGUCCAACUGGGAGAUCCCGGUGUCGACCGAUGGCAAACACUGGUGGGUGUACGUGGACAGCUCCGUUACGCUUGAGCUGCUCGAUGAGUUGACGCAUGAGUUCCUGCAGAUUUUGGAAAAGACGCCCAGCCGGUUAAAGAGAAUACGCAACUGGAGAGCAACCCAAGCUGCUAAGAAGCCCAAAUGUGAGAGCAGCCAACUGACAGAUUCCUCCAUCGCCGGACCUUCGAUGCUCCAAGACCAUUCCCUGCUGGACGGCUCCCUUGUUGGAGUGCCCCGCUCGAGUUUUUCCAAAGCGGGUGGCGCCUUCGUGUCGAUUUCUGCUCAGUCUGGAGGCGCGCCACUGUCUCUGAACUCCCUGGCUGGCCCUUACAACCCGCCCAGCCACAGUGAGUGGCCCCAGACCAACCUGAGUCAAGCGGGGUAUUCUUCCAGCUGUAUAAAACCGGAACCCCUCAGCACCUCUCACCAAGAUCAGACACUGUCCUUGCAGGCGUCCGCUUCCACUUUGCAUCCGCCUCCGUUAGCGAUCAAGACCGAGAAAACCGCCGAUGUUAACAUCAAACAGGAACUCAAAGGAGCGUGCGCAAGCGGAGCCGGCAAGCAUCAGCCGCCAACUUCAUCAUCUUAUCUGCCGGCGCCGCAACACUCCUCUGCCCCCAAAUUGUCGCUGGACAAAUACAGAGAAAAACACGGCGCGGACGUCGCCGCCUCCGGGCAGAAAAGCCGACAGGAGCAGCAGCAGCCCGCGCUCACAGAGAACAACAUGAGAGGGGAUCCGUCGUCUUCCUCAAACUAUGCACCGCCGUCUUUGAGCCAAGUCGAUCACAGGAAGUAUUCACAGACGCAUCAAAUGUCCCAAAGUGCCCAUCAUUUAGGUAGCGGGAGCAACACCUGCACUGCCUCGCCCAUGAAGAAUCGAGUUGCUUGCGCGGCGUCGGGGCAGGACAGGCGCCAUCACGGUGACAAAUGGGACAAAAGUUCCCUCAACCUCCACCUGGCAAUUCCUGCCACUGGAGGAAGCUCCCAGCUGGACAGAAGCAAGGAGGAGCUCAAGAUGAAAAUCAAGGUUUCCUCCUCAGCAGAGCGCCACAGUUCAUCGGACGAAGGCGGCGGUGGCACCGCCACCAACAACAGGAGUAAACAUUCCAGUCCGCUCGUGAGCAAGGACAAAGCGCACCGAGGCGCAGAUCACCGCUCUCACAAAUACAGUCACCACAGCCAACACGCUCACAGCGGCAACGGACAAGGGGCCUCCGACGGCCUGUUCCGAGGUCCCCCGGGACUGCUCACGCUCGAAGGACUCGCGCUUCCUCAUAGCGGAUCUGCGUCUUUGACUUUGUCGUCGUCCCGAAAGAGGGCGCACUCCGAGGCCAACCACAACCAGCACCCUUCCUCCUCCUCCUCCUCCUCGUCCGCUUCUUCUUGCUCCAAACCAGGCAAACUCUCCAAGGGCGGCACUGGUGCUGCAGGUGGGCUGCGGACCUCUCAGCAGUACCUCCCUCCUAGCGGGUCGCCCCGUGAAGUGGGAGACCAGAGACACUGAAGCCAAGCCUUCUGCAGCCAUGCUUCCAUCACAUGGGAACUGCAAGAAACGACUCACAGUUCACACUACUAUGCGCAUCCCCCGAUUAAGUGCCCUAGGCGCAAACCUGGGGGAUUAAAUACCCUUUAUCCAAUACCGAAUGGCAGAACAUUGUCAAAAGAAAAAAAAAGAAUAUAUGUGGGCUUGCGAUAGAAGAAGAAAAAACAAACAAGCGGAACAUAAAGCCUCCGUACUCUGACCUCUGGGCUGUGAUUGCCAGUCCCAUCGUUCUCCCUGGUGUCGAAUUGCUGCUGGUCUCUCCUUCCUGAAAUGCGCUCAAGCGCACGCAGAGGUUGCGUGCGUGCGUGGGCGGCAGGUGGAAGUGUGUAUUUACAUUGACGGGACGCACCUCCCCCCACCCCCCUGCAUUUCACAUCUCCGUAUAGGAAAACAAAAGUAUUACAAGUUCCGUCGAAGGCGUGGACGAGGCGCCUUCCUCAUUUUGUUCCUCUCGCUUUUCUAUUUAAGUAAGUGUUAUGCAAUUUUAAGCGGCACGCCAACGGCCAGCCGGAGAGGAGUUGAACUUCUGUUGGUUGUCAUUCCUCAUUGCAAUAUCGAUGGACGCGUUUUGUUUCAGUGUCGUUUCAUUUCCCCUGGAACUUUGAUUUGUUUUUCUACGCUCGAGUACCGUUUUGAGUUGCAAGUUUUUCCAUCAAAGGGAUGCUCGACAUUCACAGCCAGUGGAGACAAAUGUACAUACGUUUUUGUAUGUUUAGACAAUUAUAACGUGACUACUCAGGUUUGGAGCGACUUGUAAUUAUGACAAUAUAAUUGUUAAAACAUCUCUCUCAAAAAAGAAAAGCUCCAUUGAUAACCGAUUGGUUAGCAUUGGGAAGAUGCAGUGUUCAAGAGGCAUGUGCUUUUUACCGUAUUAUCCAAACGAUAAAAGAAAAGCAGAAAGCAAACAAAAAGACAAUUGUAGUGUGCCAUGGAAAUCUGUACUGUAUAAUCUCCUUUUGAAGUGCAUCACACCUUAUUAAUGGGGCACCGAAGCCUUUGACUUGCCGGCCACGUUUACUCAACAGUACUAUCUAGAAGAAAAUCAGUUGUGAAAUGCGCUCUUGUGUUUUUCUUGCCUUUUUUUUU